AUGAGUGCUGCUGAGGGCGUGCGUGGGGUGUAUCGACAGCAGCAGUCGAUGCAAGGCCCGCGGCGCUUGCUGCUGCAGCACUUGCUGCUGCUGCUGCUGCUGCUAGCUGCUGCUGCUCCUUGCUGCUGCAGCAGCCCCCACGAGGAGUCCCUUCAAGGCCCGCUGCCAGCCGCAGCUCUCGGGGAUCGCGAUCCCACGGAGACAGGAGACCCCACAGCAAGUGUGGGGUCUGGAUACGUCGAUCCCAGCGGGGGUGUGGGGCCGAGUGGCUACGAGUCGGAGGUGCAGCAGCAGCAGCAGCAGCAGCAGCAGCAGCAGCGGCGGCAGCGCAACGGGCUCUGGCGGCGGCUGCAGGGCCCUGUGGGGCUGCUGCUGCUGGCGCUGCUGCUGCUGCACGUGGUGGUGGCGGAGCGCCGUGCUGCAGCAGCAGCAGCAGCAAGAGAGAAGGCCCUGGAGGAGGGCCUCACGCUGCUGGAAAGUGCAGCAGCAGCAGCAGCAGCAGCAGCAAAAGAAAGGGAGUUUGCGCUGUCGGCGGCGCAGGAGAUAGCAGCAAUAGCGCAGCAGCAGCAGGAGACAGCAGCAACGCUGCAGCAGCUGCAGUCGCGCCGCAACUCGCUGCUGCAGCGCUCUGCUGCUGCUGCAGCAGCAGCAGCAGAGCAGCAGGGACUCACGCUGCGGAAGAGACACGAGCAGCUGCAGCGGCUGCUGCAGCUGAAGCACGAAACUGAAGCAGCAGUUGAUGCAGCACGGCUGCUGCGGGGCCUUCCUGCUGCUGCUGUGGGGCCGCUGCUGCAGCAAACUCGGGAGCAGCUGCAGGAGCUGGAGGCGAGGGACCAGCAGCUGGGGCAGCGGCUGCAGCAGCUGCAGCAAGUGGAGACGGUGCAGCAGGCGCUGCAGCAGCAGCAGCAGGAGCUGCAGCGGCUGCAGCAGUCGGUGGAGGCUGCGCGCGCGGAGCAGCAGCAGCUGCAGCAGGAGGUGGCGGCGGAGGCGGCCGCAGCAGCAGCAGCAGCGGCGGAGGCGGAAGCAGCAGCAGCAGCGUCUGCGCUGCUGCAGCAGCAGCUGCAGCAGCUGCAGCAGCAGCGCGCGGCGCUCGCGGCCGCGGGCGCGCAGCGGCAGCAGCUGCUGCAGCAGCAGCAGCAGCAGUCAGCAGCAGCACUCACUCUGGCUCUUAAUGAACUCGAUGAACUGCAGCAAGCUCCAGCAAGACACAAAAUAAAAGAAGUUGUGCUGCAGCAAGCUUUUGCAGAAAUGGAAAGGAGACGAAAGUACAUAGAGAUGCUUGCUGCUCCUGCUGCCAGCUCGGAAGCAGCAGCAGCAGCGCUGCUGGCAGCAGGCAGCAGCAGCAGCAGCAGGUUCGCGCCGCUGGCUGCGGAGCAGCAGCAGCAGCAGGAGGCGCUGCUGCUGCCGGCGGAGCAGCAGCUGCUGCAGGCGCAGCGCGAGCAGCUGCUGCUGCUGUCCGAGAGACAAACUCUCGAAGCAGAACGCGAGCUGCUGCAGCAGGAGACAGCAGAGGAGACACAAUUGGCGCGGGCGCUGCAGCAGCUGCUGCUGGCGAAGGCGGAGGUCUCGGACGCUGCUGUUGCUGCGUACGCGGAGGCGCCGCUGCCCGCAGCAGCAGCAGCAGCAGCAGCAGCAGCAGCAGCAGCAGAGCUGCCCGAGUCUGCUGCAGCACUCUUCGAAAGCUUCAGAGGCCACAGGGCCCAGGAUGUGUGGGCAGCAGUGCUGGAGCCGCGGGCGGAUGAUGAAGCAGGCAGCAGCAGCAACUUGCUGCGCCUCGCGGGCGCGCGGGCCGCGCUGCUGCUGUGGCAGCAGCAGCUGCAGCAGCAGCUGCUGCUGCAGCACUCGCCCCGCGCGCUGCUGCUCCUCGCAGCCGCAGGGCCCCACGGGCCCGUCCAGCGCCUGCUGCUGCAGCACCGCCUCGAGCUGCUGCAGCAGCAGCAGCGCCUCGUGCAGCUGCUGCAGCAGCAAAAGGAGACCGAGCUGCAGCAACUCAGAGACACUCUAACCACUCUCGCGGAGACAGGCUUGUGGGCCGUGGAGCUGCCUCAGGUGUCUCUACAGGCCCACGCCUACAUGACGCGGCUGCAGCAGCAAAUCGAACACCUGCAGCAGCGGCAGCUGCUGCUGCAGCAGCAGCAGGACCCGCAGCUGCUGCAGCAGCAGAUUGCUGCGGCCUUCAUCGACGCGCUGGUCGCGCUGCACGAGCGGCAGCAGCAGAUCGCAGCGGCCGGGCCCGCGGCAGAGGCUGCUGCUGCUGCUGCUGCUGCAGCAGCAGCAGCAGCAGCAAACAAGGCCCACGCAGACGCCAUCGCCGAGGCGCUGCAGCAGCAGCAAACUGAAAUCAUCAAACUCAACAGCAAAGAAGCAGAACUGUCUCCUUUUUUUGAUUGGAGAAGCAUCCGAAUUGAAGACAGCGAAGACGAGGAGACAGAAGAGACAGAAGACGCAGCAGCAGAGCUGCUGCUGCAGCAGUUUGCUGCUGGAGACAUUCUUGCUGCUGCUCCCGAAGCAGCAGAAAUCAAAAGCCUGGGCAAACUCACGGCCUUCACGCUGCCGGGCGUGCUGCAGCUGCAGCAGCCGCACAAGAGGGCCAAGAAGCAAAAAGAUAAAAAAUAA